GCGCUGAGCCGCUGCCCGGAGCCACCGGCGGGCUUCCCGCUGCGCGCCGCCCUCCUUCCGAGCCUUCACCGUGUGGCUUCGGUUAGCCACGCGCGCCUCCUGCUCCUCCGAGCUGUCCUCGAGAGGCGCCACCACUUCCAGCCGUGCUGAAAGGCCGGAUACGGGCCUGGGCCCAAGCGCGUUGGCAAAGAGGGCGCGAGAGACAGCAGGCUGCUCGAGGUCUUGAGGGCUGGGGGCUGCGGCGGCUUUCCAGCCGGUAGGCCUCGGUUCAUAGCUUCACAGGGUGUCAGCGGAGCACUGGCCCAGCUGGAAGUUCCAAAAUGGCCUCAUUCACUUGACUGGCAGUUGGUGCCGGCUGGGGCUGGGGCAUAAUGGAUCACAGGUCAGGAGCCUUGAUCUUCUCCACAUGGACCUCGCUACAAAAGCCCCUCACACACUGGAGGGUAUAUUCCAGGAAGGAGCAUUUCAAGAACAAGAAGUGCCAGUGUCGGCAGCAAAGCCUGUUUUCUCAAGAAUGCCUAUCUGUGAGCACAUGGCGGAGUCUCCAGAGUGCUUCCAGUCAUUCAACCCGGUUUGUGGUACUGAUGGAGUCACAUAUAAGAAUGAAUGCCAGCUCUGCAGCACCCGGAUGAAAACCAAACAGGAUAUACAGAUCAUCAAGGAUGGCAAAUGCUGACCCCAUAAGCUAUGGAGCUUCAGGCUGGAAAUUAGUGGUGGGAGUGGAAAGGAUGUGACAUGAAAUAAAAGAUCCAGCCCAACCCAG